CCGUGCCGACGGACACAGCGGCAAGUCCGAGACCCUGGAGGCGGAAACAAACCAAAACAAAAAAACAAUAUGGCGGCUUCCUUGGUCCGCUUUUUGAGAGGGUUGUAUGUCUUAUUUUUAAUAUGUCUGCUUUCCGCGUCAGCGUUUUUGAACCUGGAAGAGUUAAAUGAAAUGAAGUAUGGGAUUCAGAUUCUCCCCGACCCCGUGAUCAGGGGGCAGAUGGAAGAUGUGAUGUUGGUGUCUAAUAAAUAUAAACAGCUGUAUGAGUGCCGGUUGCCUGCGCAGGCGGUGAAGUUCCACCAGGACCCGGUUCCGGAGUCGGACCCUCAGAGUUACAGUGGCCUGGCGGUUCCUGAGCUCCUGAAGCCCAUGCAGGCUGCUACCUGCCUCACCAAGACGAAAGACUGGUGGACGUACGAGUUCUGCUACGGGCAGCACAUCAGACAGUAUCACCUCGAAGAUUCAGAGAUUAAAGGUGAUGUGCUGUUUCUGGGUUAUUUUGAGUCAGAGUUUGACUGGACCAAUGAAACUGCUAAGGCCAGUAAACAGCACAAGUUGAAGCGUUAUCAUAGUCAGUCGUAUGUCAACGGCUCCAAAUGCGACUUAAAUGGAAAUUCACGAGAGUCUGAAGUCAGGUUUGUGUGUGAAGAGGGUUCGAGCGAUUACAUCUCGCGUGUAGACGAGCCUCAGUCGUGUCACUACGUCCUGACUGUUCACACGUCUCGCACGUGUCAGCACCCGCUCCUGCGCCCCCCCUCCUCCACCAAACCCCAACCCAUCGUCUGUCAGCCGGCGCUCAGCGCUCAGCAGUACAUGGACUACGUCAAAGCGCAAGUCUCCGACACGAAGCGGAAAGUAGAGCAGAUCUCAGAAGAACUCAGGACGCUCGAUCAGAUUCUGUCCAAAGACGAAAGCAUGGCGGAAACAGGAAGUGAUGUCACGGAGGAGAAGGAAGAGUCUGUCCCACCCCCUGAUAUACCAGAGACCGCAGAUGAGCAGGGGGUGGAGUCGGAGCAUGAGGAGGCGGAGUCAGGGCACAAAGAGGAAGAGGAUCAUGUUUUCUGGGAUGGAGUCACCAAACCACAAGAGGAAGAAGGAGAAACACCUGAGCUGGAGGAGUCUGAUGGGGCACCGGAGCAGGAACCCGACGAGAACGACAUAUUUGGAGAAGGAAAGUUUAACUUUAAGAUCGUUACGGACCCUGUAGACCUGAUGAAGUUCAUGCAGCACCUCAGAGACAGUAACAGGAAGAAUAAAAAAGCUGAAGCGAGAAAAGCGAGGAGCCAGUCCUCCUCGAAGAAGGAGAAGGAGCAAGAGGAGGAGGGGAAGAGGGAAAAGGAGGAGGACGAGGAGGAAGGUGAUGAAGAUGAACGGCUGCUGAAGGAGUUUGAAGAGGAGAUGGCCGACCUCACGGUUCCCGCAUCCAAAAUCGUGCAGAUCAAAGAGAAGAUGCAGAAGGAGUUCGGCAACAUUAUAGAUGAGGCACAGCAGGAUCUGGAGAACGAGGGUCUAAAAGGAGAGUUUGAUCGCUCUCAGGCCACUCAGACUUUAGAGAACACUUUGGGGAAACUCCUGGAUCAUCUGGAGGAUAAAAACGAUCAGGAUGCUGAAACACACACAGACACACACUCAGACACACACACUCCAGCCGACAGGGAGACGGGAGGCACCAGAGGUGACCCUAGCCUCGUCCCCAAGACUCCUGCCUCGGAGCAUGAGCUCGGUGAUGAUGAGCAGGUAAAGAUCAGGGUGACUAGGUAUAAAGUGGGCGGAGCAGAUGCAGCCGGUGGAGGUGAGGGGAAUGUGAGGGUGCGAGAGCUGGGUGAGAGCGACCCCCAGUGGCAGCACAUCCACCAGCUGGUCAAAGAGCAGCUGCAGAGAGCUGGAGUCAAGGCCGAAGGAAAGAUAGAAGUGAAGAUUUUGACCCGUAAGUCAGUGGAGGAGGCGGGGGACCAGUGGCUGAGCGAGGAAGAUACCAAAUCUUUCAGAGAACUGCUAAUCAACCUACUGACAGGGGGAACAGAGGAAGUGUAUAAAGAGCAGAAGCGACAGCAGGAGCUGGAGAACAAUUACAGGUUCGUUUGGGGAGAAAAGCAGGAUGAAAGUCAGACAACGGGAACCGGAGAGUCAGACGAACUCGAUUUCUAAUUUGUGUGUGUGUGUGUGUGUGUGUGUGUGUGUGUGUGUGUGUGCGUGCGAGCGAGUGUGUGAGCAAGAGAACACAAACACGGAUGGACAGUGGAGCAGACAUCACUUGGACUGUAGUGAGAACUUCUGUAAAUCAUCAGCAAACAACACACACACACACACACACUGUCACCACUUGUUUUGACACCGAACUCUCUCCUCACAUGAUUUUGAUGAACGCUGUUCUUGCACUUUAAAGAAUAAUAAAAUACUGAAGCCAG